CUGCCCUGAUAGCAGCUGGGGGAGGACUAUCCUCGGCCUGUGAGCGCUUUGGCACGGGCGAGGUGCACCCGCUGCUUAUUGAGAGUAAGAGCAAUACGCGCUUUCACGCCAAAAAGUCGUCAUAAAUAAGUCUCCAAUAACACCAGAAAAAGUCGCCAGAUUUGUCGCUAGUCGCUUUUUAGAAAAAAGGUCGCUAAAUAUAGCGACAAAGUCGCUAGGUUGGCAACACUGGUCUCAGUUCAGUCCAUAACUACGGGGCGGUUUCCGUCACCAAUGUGGCACCUAACCGCGCAUUUCCACUGGCCCAGGAUGGCACGCCUCUGGUCCGCUAUACGAGCCAAACCGUAAUCAACCACUAUCUCCGCCCUCAGCCGAGCCGUAUCCAGGCAACGCUCUACUUCACUGGCUCCAAUGAGGUGACGUCAUUUAGGCGACAGGAGGAAGGAGCGCCAUGUUGAAAAGAAAGAAGUGAAAACAUUCCAGCUUCUCUUAGUUGCUCUGGAUUUCUGAACUGCAAGGAAGGAGAGAUCAUGGAGCCGCUGGUGCACUGGUCUCAUGAAGAGACCCGAGCGCUUAUCGGUGUGUGGUCAAAGGAGAAAAUCCAGCGUGACCUGGAGGAAUCCUUCAGAAACGAGACCGUUUACAGGGAGAUGUCAGGCAGGUUGGCUGCUCUGGGAAUAAGCCGCUCUGCUAAACAGUGCAGAGCCAAGAUAAAGAAACUUAAACAAGAAUACAGAAACACGAGGAGACACGGUGAAAGGAGUGAGGCAGUCACAAAGACCUUCAGGUGGUAUGAUGCUAUGGACACUAUCAUGGGUGACAAGAGUGCCCGGACACAGAGCAGAGAGCAGCCGUCUUCUUUGGUACUGGAAGUCAUGGUUCCUGAUGUGGAAGCAAGUCCACCCGCUGUAACAGACACCCCAGAAAGCUGUACGACAUCCACCCAUUCACUGCAACUCACUCUGCCCAGACCAGAAGCUUGUCCUGCAGGGACCCCACAAGUAUCUUCUUUCUAUUCUGUUCAGCUUCAUGAAUUUGAUGGUCCUUCUACAAGCAAUCCAGUCACCUCCACUGCUGUACAAACAUCAAACAAAGACACCCCCUUGUGCUGUUGGUCGAGUAAAGAGGUCCAAGCAUUGCUGACGCUUUGGGCAAACCCCGAGGUUCAACAGGAGCUUCUCCUCAACGUGAGAAAUAAUAAAGUUUACACUUGUCUCAGUUCCAAACUGGCAUUGCUCGGUUUUAACAAAGCACCAAAGAAAUGCAGGGAGAAGAUCAAAAAGCUAAAGCAGGAGUACAAGAGGAUCAAGAACGGCCAAUACAGGGGUGGAAGCAGCAGUGUGUGGUUUGCCAUUAUGGAUGAAGUCCUCAGUUCCCAGGCUCUCACAGCAAAGCGUUCACAGACAGUGCAGAAUUCCUCUACAGUGCACUCCCUAGCUGUACAGGCCGUUGCCCUGGAUGUGGAUACAGAUGAUGAAACGCCGUGGUUGCCUGAUGAAGUCCAAGUGCUGGUGACACUUUGGGCACAACCAAACAUUCAGAAACAGCUUCUCACCGCAGCAAGCGAUCAGGUUUUCACAUACCUCAGCAGUGAGCUAUCACUGGUGGGGUUUAACAAGACACCACGUCAGUGCAGCGUCAAAGUGAAUGAGCUUAAAGAGGAGUACAAAAAAAUUAAGCACAUGGAGCCAUAUGGAGUUGUUAAAGGCGACUGGUUUGCUAUUUUGGAUAGUGUUUUUGAUGCUGAUGGAGCGACUUUGAAAGAGGUGAAUUCAUGCGCUGUGCAGAAAAAGCCUAAAUCACCACAACAUGAGCACGUGGAUGAUAAAUUGCGGGCUGUUUGGACACCAGACGAAGUCAGAGUUCUGCUCAGUCGAUGGGCAGAGGAAAGCGUCCAGGAGCAGCUUCGAUCAAAUCCGAGAAACAAGAGAGCCUUCGCUCAGCUGAGCUCCGAGCUCGCCACUCAGGGUUUUGAUAAGACCACGAGUCAAUGCAGGUCGAAAAUAGCACUCCUGACACAAAAGUACAGAAGGAUCAAAGCACAGGAAGACCCGGAAAAGCAAAAAAGCAGAUGGUUUGCCAUCAUGGAUAAAGUCCUCAGUCGCAGCAAGACAGAGACUGAAACUAAACCAGUCAGAGAUUCACAGCGUGCAUCUCUGCAGACAUCACAGCAGAGCCUACCUGACACAGCAGAGGGCUGCCGUUUGUCCGUCUCCUCGUUGUGCCUCCUGGUUCCAACUCUGCGACUGAUGUGCGCCUUUGCCUGGCAGGUGGUUCAGUGUUGUAAUGUGACGCAGUACAGAAAGGUGGAGGAGCUGGUGAAGUUAGUGACGGAGGUGGCUCCAGAGCUGCUGACAACCAGAGAGAGAGUGCAACUCCUACUCAGACUGAGAGCCAGGCUUGUGCUGGAGUUGUGUCUCAGCGAGAACACGACUGACCUGCUGAAUAUCCAGCCCCACCUGAAUGUCAUCCGAGACCUCACCUUAAGCUGUGAACAGGAGGAUGCCACCGAGCUGGAAAAUUCAAAGUCCAACUUUGUGGAGGUUGUUCAUGCCAUACUGGAGGACCCAGAGGAGAGACAGAGGUUUUAUAAGGUGAGACGCUGUUCUCAAGCUGAUGAGAAUAUGUUUUUGCCAAAGCUGUUGUUUAAUCCCAAAGGAAACUUCCAGCAUGUUUCAGCACAACUGGAUGAGCUUUCAAGCAGCAAAGAUGAAAGACAGUUUGAUUACAGCGAGGCCGAAGAGCCAGCUGUGAAGGACUGUGGGAAAGAAAUUAAAGGCCUAAAGUUAAAACAUGAACAAAGCGAUGGCAUGGCAUCUUCAUACUGCUCAGAUUUAAAUUGUGCACCUUUGCAGCUGCAGACCUGCUCUCUGUGUCCCUACUCUGACAGCCAUGUGUCAGGACUUCUCAGGCACAUCAGAGAAGAGCAUCUGAUCCAGGAAUCUAAUCCCAUCACAGAUCCUGGGAAAGACUGCGUCUUUCAGAGAGUCAAAGAUCAAACGUUCACUCCUAAGAUGAGGAGGAUAACGGACACUUGUGAGUAUUGUGGGAAGGUCUUAAAGGAUGUAUCAGCCCUAACCAGCCACAUUAAAACACACACUCUUCCAUUCCACUGUGACAAGUGUGACAAGAAGUACUCCUCCAAGUGGUCGCUGACAGUGCACCGUCGGAUUCACACAGGCGAGACUCCAUAUCUGUGUUCGUACUGCGGUCAAGGCUUUAGGUCUUCAAAUAUCCUUGCUCUGCACGUCCGUAUACACACAGGAGACCGCCGAUACAAAUGUCCCAUAUGCGGAAAAACAUCAAUCCAGCAUCUGUCGAGACACAUGCGCAUGCACCGAGGGGAAAAGAACUAUCUGUGUACAGAGUGCGGGAAGGCUUUUCUGUCCUCUGGGGAGCUGAGGCUUCACAUGAGGUUUCACACAGGCGAACGGCCAUACACGUGCAAACACUGCGGGAAAGGCUUCAUCGCAAAGUGCCUGCUGACCGUUCACACCCGCCAGCACACGGGGGAGAGUCCUUAUAGGUGCUCGCUGUGUCCGAAGUCCUUCCGCACUUUGAGAGCACAGAAAAGACACCUGGUGAUACACUCGAGCAAAAAGUCUUUCCAGUGUUUGAAGUGUGGUAAAAUAUUCCGGCAAGAGGAAACUUUCAAAACACAUGCUGAGACUCACAAAUGAUUUAAAGGGGACCUAUUAUGCUACCACUUAUUUUCUGUCCAAAUUUUCAAGUUGUGAGGUCAGCGUUCAAACAGACAAAGAAGCCAAAACCUCAGGCUUUAGACUGCUAUAAAUGCUUGGCUUGCGCCAAUGGGGUUUUUUUCCUCUCUUGGAUCUUUAUGAUGUCAUUUAGAGCAAACCCACAAGGGGCAAACAGUCAGAGGAGCCAACAGAGAGCUAACAGUGACUAAACUAAGAGGCUGCACAGAGAUAUAUAACGUAUAUUUUCAACUACAAGUCAUUCAAAGCUGCUCUAACAGUAUCUGUGAUAAAAAAAAAAAAAAAAAAAAGGGAGCUUAAAAUGAGCAUAAUAGGUCUCCUUUAAAAAAAAUGGCAGUGUAAAAUAUUUUAGUUUCAGCAGUUGAGUUUAAAAGUUCUCAUUCACGAGUUUAAAAGUUCUCAUUCACUUAUUGUAACUCCACUAUUGCUUAAAGAACCAGCUUAAUUGCUGGAAAAGAUGUAACUCUGUGUUUCUUUCGGCAACUUCUGUAAUACCGAGGGCACAUUUUGUGUCUCCUCCUGGUCUCAAACUGGGGAUCUGUUGGGUUUUAGGCAAAUGUUUUUGAAAACUAUGUAAAGCUAAUAUCCCAUAAACAGUCCGGUUAGCACACAGGUAACUUUAAAAGUUUGUGUGAGCUACAAACUGAAGUUAUUUGUUAAUGAAUAAAAGCUGUUGCUACUUUGAGUAAAAAUCAAA